AUGUCGCAUCCACGGCGGCACGUCGCUGAUGCAGAAGGCCAAUCUCCUCCCUCACGCCCGCUGAACCUCCCGCCCGGCCCUUCCUCCUCGAUCUCCCAGCCCAGACCCGCCGCCCGUGCUCCGCCCGACCAUCCAUCUGUCGCUGCUGGGACUGCUGCAACCCUAACACCCCGGCUCAUUUCGCACGCCCUAGCCCCUAUCGCCGGCGCCUCUCCACGCCCAGCGGGAGCUUCGUCCAACACUCGUUCACGCCAGCCCACCACGCCAUCUCAACGCCCAUCGCGGCACGCUGCCACACCUCCUUUGCCCGUCAAGAGCUCCGGCCGCACGCCCAAUUCUACCGCCCUUUCAGGCUUUCCCGUGCCGCCGACCGCCAGAGCCCACUGCGCGUCGCCCACGCCCAGCUUGUCCUCCAUCUUGUCCGCCUCUACGCUGGCCGCUGGCCCUUUGGUCGAGUCACCCGCCUCUGCGCUGCAUCACCCCAGCCAACAUACCGCCAGCCUCGCAUCCUCCUCCGGCUCGCACACACCUUCCACCCCAAACCCUAUUCAUGUCUCCGCCAUGGCAGAGAGCACGGGUCACAGGUCGGUUCCACGAACUUCCUCAAUAGAUUCUGCUAUAUCAUCGCUGUCGUCGACUUCCCAUUCACAUAAGUCGUCCCUGGAUGCAAAUGUAACCCCUGCGGAUAUUGCAAAUCUGAUCUCAGCAGCCGGGUCGCCGGAAGCUGUGAUUAUACAUUUGCUGAAGGAGAAGCAGCAUGCGGCAUCCCAGAAUGCACAGCUUUGGAAAUUAGUGGAUAAACAACGGACAAUGCUCUUGGCUUUGAACAAGGAUCUCGAGAGGGCAGUAAAGGAAAAAGAGAAAUACAAAAAAAGGCUGAGAGAGUACCAGAACACCCCACCACCUCUUCCUUCUACGCACCCGCAGAACAAUGACAGCCAAGACAACGGAAUCUCCGAGACUGGAGAUUCUACCCAACACCAUGAGACUGCUCUCCGAAUGCCACUUCGUGUAGGAGGCACUAGUGGUACCGCUCCCGAAGCAUGCCCAACCCCCAUGAGCUUGCUACAAGCAGCCGACACAGACUCAAAAAUCCAGACGGGUGUGACCAAUGAUGGCUCCUCUCCUACAAUCGAUUCCCCCUCAAGCCCCGAACUUAUAGAAAAUAGGAAAAGUGGUCGCGAUGACGAUGGAGUUGAUCACCCUAGCGUUACCUCAGAUACAAGUCAAAAAACCGCCACCUUAACCAAGGGAGAUAUUCUUCCAGCCCCCAGUGGCUCUAAACUCCCUAGCAAAGGAACAAAAGUCCCCCCUCCGUCGAGAAAGCCGCCUCCAGCGCCCCUACGACUAGACGAAGCGCAGAAAGUUAAGCUACCUGUUAUUCUAGAUAACAGAAAAGACUCUGAUUCCGAAUAUGACGAGAACCCGGGCCAUAGUGAAAUAUCAAAUUUGGAACGUGGCAGGAGAAGAACCAGGGAAGAGGAUGACUGGCUACGGGAUGCCAUAAUAACCAAAGAACAGGAGGCCCGCAGCCGGUCUAAUAAGAAGAAAGUCAAACAUUUCGAGCCCCCGGAGAGUGUCCAGAAAGAACAAGCCCAGGCAUUCCUUGGUGUUGGCCUCCCGUCAAGCCCGCGCUCUGGGGUCUCGAGCUCACCAUCUCCUAGGCUAGUUGCCGUCAACUCCCCUCCCCCCGCCCAAUUAUCCUCUGUUUUGCAACCCGGAGCCAGUGACGCCAGCGGCUCUGAUAGAUCGCGAGUUGCUUCGCCCUUGAGUCCAGGACUACCCCAAAGUCCCAGACCAGAGGAUCGCCCAAUAGGGUCACCAAUACCACGCUUUCCUAAAGACGGCGGAACGCUGAUGUCCCCACCCCUUUCACCCCAGAUGAACCCAGGCCAGUUUCAGAAUAUACUUAACCCAACCGGUGCCCACCUCACUACCCAAAACGAUAAGGUUGAAGAAAUACAGUCGACUUUUGCCACUGAUUUGGAGAUCACCAACGACAUUCCAGUCUACAAACUAACAGUCGAGAAAGACAGCCCCGUUUCUACUCGCGAGACGCCUCAUACCAUAUAUCGUGGCAUGGUCUCUUCCCAAUAUCCAGAUCUGCUUCUUCCACCCAACUCGCUACCUUUGAUUGAUGUGAAGGUUUCAUCAUCCAGGCUACGCCCAUCGCGAAGUAGUUACUUAGCUUUGAAACCUGUGGAAGAAGAACCAGUUUUUACGUUAAGUGUCUGUUCCCGAACAAACGGUAUUGAGCUCUGGCGCGUCGAAAAGGCGAUCCUAUCUUUACCGCAUUUUGACCAGCAAGUGAAACAGUUUUCAGGCUUUUCCGGAAGCUUGCCCGAACGGUCAAUUUUCAGUGGUCACUCUCCCGCGAAAGUUGACGCCCGUAGAGCUGCUUUAAAUACCUACUUCAAAGCCUUGCUUACCCAGCCAAUGGAUGAAGAUGCGGCACUGGUAGUAUGCCAGUUUCUCAGCACUGAUGCUAUUGAGCCCCGUGACGACGAAUCCAAUUUAUUGCACGGGCCAGGGAAUGGCAAACCCCCGAUUUCGUUUGGGCCUGAUGGUAAACCAAGAAAGGAAGGCUAUUUAACGAAACGAGGAAAAAAUUUCGGCGGGUGGAAGUCGCGUUAUUUUGUUCUCGAUGGGCCUGAGUUGAAGUACUACGAAUCUCCUGGUGGACCUCAUCUCGGUACCAUAAAAAUCCAAAAUGCGCAGAUUGGCAAACAAUCCCCUUCUGGCAAAAACCAACCUCCUUCUCAGGUAGAAGAUGACCCAGAGAAUCAAUAUCGACAUGCAUUUUUGGUUCUAGAACCAAAAAAGAGAGAUUCUUCCGCAUUAGUUCGUCAUGUUCUAUGUGCAGAGAGCGAUGCGGAAAGAGAUGCGUGGGUUGAGACACUGCUCUGUUACGUUGAAGCUCGAGAUCCAGACGAUGAAUAUCAAGGAUCCCACUCCCAUAUUUCUAAGUCCCCUUCUGGCGCCAUUCCUAGGGCCCGUGUCCAAACGAAGAAGGGAAGCUCAGAAAACGUCCAUUUGGGACGAGGAGAAGUGCUUCAAGCACUUAGUUACGAUGAUGUUGUCGCUGCUGAAGCCCCUAUCCGCGGUCCUAGUGGUGGAAAAGCCUCUCCUCCUCCUCUUAGUUCCAUACCGGAUUAUUCUGCACGUCAAUUUGAUCCGGAGAACUCUUCACCUACAUAUAAAACCAUUUCUGCCCCUACCAACGGUAUGAGAAUUCAGGACGCGGGCGCCUGGGGUAACAAGACAUCUGCCACGUCCACGAAAGAGAAGAAACGAAGUAUCUGGGGAUUUCGCAGUACUGCGGGAAUGGACUUUACUGGUCACAACUCGAGACGUGACUCUAUUGGCUUUCCCUACGAUCUUCCUCUGGAUCGAAAGGGGCCAAUAAGACCAGUAUUUGGGCUUCCUCUCGCCGAUGCGGUAGAGUUUUGUGGCCCUCGAGAUUUUGACUGUGGACUCCCUGCUGUUGUUUAUCGGUGCCUCGAUUAUCUACGAUCGCAACAUGCUGAGUUAGAAGAAGGCAUAUUUCGACUUAGUGGCUCCAAUGUCGUGAUUAAAGCCUUAAAAGAGAGGUUUAACACGGAAGGCGACUUGGAUUUCUCAGAGGGGGAUUCGUAUUACGACGUUCAUGCGGUUGCCUCUCUCUUUAAGCAGUAUCUCCGAGAGUUGCCGACAACGGUACUUACGAAAGAGCUUCACUUAGACUUUAUUCGUGUUCUCGAUUUGGACGAAAAACGGCAAAAAAUUGCUGCAUUCCAUGCUUUGGUGCAUAGACUUCCCAGGCCCAACCUGGACCUUCUCAAAGCCUUAUCCCAGUUUUUGAUAGUCAUUAUCAACAAUGCGGAUGUGAAUAAAAUGACAGUUCGCAAUGUUGGUAUUGUCUUUGCACCGACAUUAAAUAUGCCCGCCCCGGUUUUUUCCAUGUUCCUCACGGAAUUCGAUGCGAUUUUUGGAGAUUUUCUCCCUGGGAACACCACGCAACCAGUUGAAAUUUCGGUCAAUAUUAGCCAUCACCUCACGCCCGAAGAUAUUCGGUCCCCUAGACAACAAAUGUUUUCUAACCUUCCUACGCCUUCAUACCAUCAAAACUCCUUCGAAUCCCAUGGGACUGAAGGAAAUGUACUCAAGUAUCGUCAGUUCAAAUCAGACAAUGACACUGGGCUGAUUCCUAUGCGACCUUCCUAUGAUCCACCUCCCAUUCCUGAGCAGCGGCAUGAUGGAACGGGAAGUUCGCUCCAAGUGCAGUCUACCAGUGGUAUGCUGGCGUCGAAUAACCCAACAACGAAAAAUAAGCGCAGGGAGAGCUCUUUACUUUUUAUGGGUAUAGGGAAAUAA